UCCUGCCGCUCACCCUCCAUCCCCGGCUCCUGAACCGGGCUCCAUCUCCCAGCAGAAGGCGCAGCCAUGAAUCCGUUAUUCGGGCCCAACCUCUUCCUCCUUCAGCAGGAGCAGCAGGGCCUGGCCGGGCCGCUGGGGGACCCCCGGGGGGGCGACCACUGCUCCGGAGGAGGGGACCUACCCGCCACGCCGCUCACUCCCACCGCCGGCCCCGCGGCCUUCUCGCCGCCAGGCCCGGGCCCGGCGCCCCCCGCAGCCAUGGCGCUCCGCAACGACCUGGGCUCCAACAUCAGCGUGCUCAAGACCCUGAACCUCCGCUUCCGCUGCUUCCUGGCCAAGGUGCACGAGCUGGAGCGCCGGAACCGGCUGCUGGAGAAGCAGCUGCAGCAGGCGCUGGAGGAGGGUAAGCAGGGCCGGCGGGGCCUGGCUCGCCGCGACCAGGCCGUGCAGACCGGCUUCGUCAGCCCCAUCCGGCCCCUAGGGCUGCCCCUGAGCGCGCGGCCCGCCGCCGUCUGCUCCCCGGCGGCACGGGUGCUGGGCUCGCCCGCGCGCUCGCCCGCCGGCCCCCCGGCGCCCCCGGCGGCGCCCGCCACCUCCGCCUCGGCCGCCUACUCGUCGUCUGCCCGCUUCAUGCCCGGCACCAUCUGGUCCUUCUCGCACGCCCGCCGGCUCGGCCCGGGACUGGAGCCCACGCUGGUGCAAGGGCCUGGCCUGUCGUGGGUGCACCCAGACGGGGUGGGCGUCCAGAUCGACACCAUCACCCCUGAGAUCCGCGCGCUCUACAACGUGCUGGCCAAAGUGAAGCGGGAGCGGGACGAGUACAAGCGGAGGUGGGAAGAAGAGUACACGGUGCGCAUGCAGCUGCAAGACCGAGUGGCUGAACUCCAGGAGGAAGCCCAAGAGGCCGACGCGUGCCAAGAGGAGCUGGCCAUGAAGGUGGAGCAGCUAAAAGCUGAGCUAGUGGUCUUCAAGGGGCUCAUGAGCAAUAACCUGUCGGAGCUGGACACGAAGAUCCAGGAGAAAGCCAUGAAGGUAGACAUGGACAUCUGCCGCCGCAUCGACAUCACCGCCAAGCUCUGCGACCUAGCUCAGCAGCGCAACUGUGAGGAUGUGAUCCAGAUGUUCCAGGUCCCAUCCAUGGGGGGGCGGAAGCGGGAGCGCAAGGCGCCUGUGGAGGAGGACCCCUCCCUGUCGGAGAGCGCCGGGCCCCGCCAGCCCGAGGGGGACGAGGAGGAGAGCACGGCCCUCAGCAUCAACGAGGAGAUGCAGCGCAUGCUCAACCAGCUGCGGGAGUAUGAUUUUGAGGACGACUGUGACAGCCUGACUUGGGAGGAGACUGAGGAGACCCUGCUGCUCUGGGAGGAUUUCUCAGGCUAUGCCAUGGCAGCGGCAGAGGCCCAGGGAGAGCAGCAGGAGGACAGUUUGGAGAAGGUGAUCAAAGACACCGAGUCCCUCUUCAAAACCCGGGAGAAAGAAUAUCAGGAAACCAUUGACCAGAUCGAGCUGGAGCUGGCCACGGCCAAGAGCGACAUGAACCGGCACCUGCACGAGUAUAUGGAGAUGUGCAGCAUGAAGCGGGGUCUCGAUGUGCAGAUGGAGACCUGCCGCCGGCUCAUCACGCAGUCGGGCGACCGAAAGUCUCCUGCUGUCACUGCAGUCCCACUUAGCGACCCGCCGCCGCCACCGCCGCCAAGCGAGCCUGAGGACUCGGAUCGGGAAGUCUCCUCUGACAGCUCCCUGAGAUAGGGGACAUCCCCUGCAGUGCCCACUCUGCUGGGAACACACCGAGGCAGCAAUGGGGGGCCUCUUAGGGGGAGUGUCACCUGUGCCCCCUACCCAUACCAGGCCUGGCCGCUGUGCACUGGGUGCCCCUGCCUUGGGCUCCCCCGCAUCCCCGCCCCACUGGGUUCCUGGACCCUGCCCAUCCACCUCAGUGGGGGUCCCUUGCCUUCACGCAUGGGUGUCUGCUACUCACCCACCUGUCCAGCGCUGCUGAGUGACCAUGGCCCCUCACUGUGGAAGGCGUGUGAGCAUGGGCUGUGGCCCCCACGCCUGUGGUAACUGCUAGUUUGUGCUCUUGUCUCAUAACUGGUUGGUGCUGAUGCUCUGGGAAUUGGGAUGAAAUGCGGUUCACCUGGAGGCCCUGGAAAGGCUUGGGCAACAUGCCUGGACAUAGAGCAUCCUGCCCCUGUCCCUUGCAGCGGUGG